CGGCAGAUGAGGCAACCAGAUCAAGAGCCCUGACAUGAAGCGGGACCUUGGUGCUAGAGGAUGUCGCCAGAACUGCCCACGAUCUCCCCGUUGAGGGUGGCCAUUGACCGUUUUUCCUUUACGUAACUCGGGAUGCAGUCAGGAGUAGUCGUUCCCCGUGGUGGUGAUGAUAAUGAUGGGUGGAUGAUGGCAUCAGAAGGGUAUCUCUAUUCCACUGCUGUGGUCGCACUAAUGGUCCAUCUGGGGAUAGUGCCUAUUGCAGGGCGUGAUCUCAACCCGUGGGCUAUCCUCUAGUUCUGGGGGACACAUGCAGCCUCCAGCGUUAACGGCGACAACUAAGAUCUGGCGGGCACGCG